GCCGCAAAUGGUUAAAGAGCAGUGUCCCUUCGUGGCUUCGUCCACCUGCCCCUCCCUCUCUUUCUCGUCGCGUCCGUGUCCUGUCGCGCACCUCGCUUCUCUCCGCCCUCACCCAAUCCCUCCCAAAACCCUCGCCGCCGCCCCAAAGGAGGAGCCUGAGCGCGAUCCCACCGGCGGCCGCCGUCAUGGAGGUGCCGGGCUUCGCCGAUUCUCCGUGCCGCCCGAGGAGCGCGCGGUACGCGGUGAAGGGGUACCCCAACUACGCGGAGGAGCCCGACUUCUGCGGCCCCGCCACGCCGUGCCGUCCGCGGACCGCGCGGCAUGCCCGGAAGGGGUGCCUCGACUACGCCGAGCCGCCCGAUGCCCGCGCCGUCCACGCGCCGUGCCUCCCACGGAGCGCACGGGACGCCGACAAGGGGUGCCUCGACUACACCGAGCCGCCUGAUGCUCGCGCCUCUGCCGCGCCGUGCCGUCCACGGAGCGCGCGGUAUGCCGAGAAGGGGUACCCCGACUACGCCGAGCCCGAUGACUUCACCGACUUCGCGCCGCGCCGCCCACGGAGCGCGCCGCACACCGAGAACGGGUGCCCGGACGACGCAGGGUCCGUCGGCCGCCUCGGGCACAAGAGGGACGAGGGAGGCGUCCCGGUAAAGAAGCCGGUGCUGCAUUACGUAAGGAGGAAGCAGAGGGAGGCUGCCAAGGCCGCGGAGACGGCGGUGGACAUGCUCGUUCCGUUGCUCCAGGGCAUGGAGGUGGAGUCCGACGCGGGGGCGCUGGACGGGAGAAAGAGGCGCAGGACGGUCACCGCGCCCAUGGCAACGGCGAUGACUGCAUGCGAGGUUUUGGCGCUGCCCAAGGACAACGAGGAGGUGGCGCCCGUGGAUGGUGGGGCCGAUGAGCAUGGCGGUGGCGGCAAGAGCUGGAGGUUGCGUGUGAAGGAAACGCUGCGGGCUUUCAGCAGUAAUUACCUUCACUUUGUGCAGGAGGAAGAGCAAAGGGAGCAGGCUGUAAGGCAAGAGCUGAAGGCCUCCAGGGCUCUCAAGCGUCAGGCUAACAACCAAGAUGACGAAGGUUUUGAAGAAGUCAAACGGCCAUCAAAGCACCCUGAUUUGAAAGCAUUAACAAAGAUGCAAGCGACCAAUGCCGUACUUUAUCCAGAGAAGAGGAUAGGGCAUCUUCCUGGGGUUGAGGUUGGAGAUCAAUUCUACUCACGUGCUGAGAUGGUUGUGCUAGGCAUACAUGGUCAUUGGAUGAAGGGUAUAGAUUAUAUGGGUUCGAAACAUCAAGAUAACGUAAGGCUAGUGGCAUGGAUAUUUGAAAUUAGCUGAUAACACAGUAACACAUUCGAUAGUUCUAUAGUGACCAUGACAUAUUGGCUCAUUAAAUAUGAAAUCGACAUUCAACUUGGUAUGCUCUUGAUUUAUUUGAUCCUAACCAAAUUUGAUCUGUAUGCACUUGAUUCAUUUCAUAAUAGAA